AUGAAGAAAAUUGCGGCCAGUCCACAAGCUUGGGGCGUGGCGGCAGAGUACAUUCGAAGUCCUGGUAUCAAGGAAGCAACGGAACAAUUGAUCAGUCAGAUAAAUAGGAACGCUGUCUACAACUACCUAGAUCAGGCCCUAGCGCUGCAGUAUAAAGGAGAGCAAUUGCCGGUGAACACUGCCUUCGACGUCUUAGGAUGGAUUUUGUCCGUCUGUGGUUCAGGCCCUCCAGGUGCCACGGCGAAGAACUACUAUCUGCCAAUGCUGGCGCUGUAUUCGAAAUGGUGUUCAGUCCUGGGCGAAAGCAGAUUCGAGGGCAUGACCCACAUUACUUGGUUCACCAACACCAAGUCAAAAGGCACGGACGUUCUUCUUGGCGCCACACUCGGCCAGCCAGAAACAAGAAACACUGUACGAAACAAGGACAAGGUGACAGGCCAGACUGUUCCACAGGUCAAAGACCGAGGCCUAAUCAUGAGACGUGAGAGGAUAGAGUAUCUUGAGAGAGCGGGCUUCCGGGCUCCCGAUAUUUCCAUUCCCCAGACAGAGGACGUAUCAAGGCAGAAGAAUCAAAAGGAUGGCACGCAUGGUGAUCCAGGCUUUGGCGGCUGCGCUGAAACUUUCUUCUUCAUCGUUGCGAUGAAGAACAAGAUUGACAAAGCCGACGUCCAUGAUUUCGCAUUGAGGCCCACCGUCGACCUCAUGAAACAGCUCAACAACUACUCGGAGGCGGCUGUGGUGGCCCAACUACGACCUCCAUGCGACUAUUCAUGCCAGAAGUUGUUGGAUCAGAUGUACCAUACCAGAGACUGGCAAUCGACGUUCGAUUAUCACACCAUAAUCCUUCGCGAAAGUGGAGGAGCCGGAGCUGGCGGAGCUGCCGGUCCGAGUGGGAGUGGUGUUUCUGCGAAGUACUGCUCCGGGUACAAAAGUUGGAGCAGCAUCCAGCAAGGCUGGCAAGAGUAG